GCGCUAGUUAGUCUCGGAUCCACGCCGAGCCUCUGGCAACUUGUAAUUGUUGUGAAAACGAUUCGUGCCAGCUAGCUAUAAAAUGUCUUCUUCACCAUCAAGAGAGGAGCCGCCGGCCCCACCACGCAGCAAAAGACCACCCAGGAGAAUCCAGCUGUCAGAAGAGGAGAGAGAUGUGCUGCUUCAGUGUCGAAGGAACUCCGUUGCCAGAGGUCUACCGCUCGGUGUGGGUGCUCUGCUCACGUUGAGAUGGUUUGUACAUCAAGGUCGUGUACCAAGUCAUGUGACCCGAUGGACUGGGUUGUAUUACACUGGAGCUUUCCUGGGGGCGUUCUAUGUGGGUGUGGCCUCGUACAAGCAGACAUGUAUGGACAAGAUUAUGGCUCUAGAGCACUCGAUACUCAAAGAUCAGAUGCAGAAAGCAAUGGCCAAAUUGAAAGGUUACGGUAGCUCUGAUGAUGAUGAUGAGAAGGGUCAAAGUCCACCUCCCAAACAGCCCCACCCUCCUCCACCUAAACGCCCCCGCACACACCCCACACGCUCCACACCUCCACCGGACGUGUCCCUUCGUGAGGGUCCAUCGCUGAACACUGGCUACGAGAAGGACAAGAGGUUGCUGGAGACACAAGAACAGAUGGCCGAACAGCCUGAUGCAUUUGGUGGUAUUCAGAAGCAGACAGAGGGAGCACUCGCAAAGCAGGAGUCGUCACCAUCAAAAACUAGGGGACGGAGCUACGAUGAGGUUCGUGAGUCUGCCCGUAGAAAUGACAGGGAGGAUACUGGAGGCAGGAAAAGAGGAGUAGAGGAGGAGGAUUGGAGGCAAGAAAAACAACAACAGCAACGCAGAAAGGUAGUCCGCAAAAACAAGUACGGAGAUGAUGUUGAAGAAUAACUGAACAGUAGAAUCAUAAUUAUAGUGCUCUGUAUAAUGCUGUUAAUUGUAUUUCAAAGUCUAAUUUUGAUACUUUUUCAGUCAAAUCA